AUGGUUCAAUCUAACAUUAUUCUCGGUGCCACAGCUCUCAUUUCUUCCAUGUCCUCUGUAGCUUUGGCCUUUCCAGUAAAGGAAAAGGGUUAUGACCACAUGGCUCUUGAAGCCUCUUUAAACAACGCUGGAGAAGAUAAUAAAAAGCUUAACGCUAGAGCUGAAGGUGAACAGGCUUUUUCUUCUGCUGAAACUCUUACUCGCACUGACUCAAUGGCGGCACUUGAAAAUCUUUCCAAUAAAUACGACAAUGCUUCCACAGAUCAAAAACUUGUCGAUAUCGCCUCAACAUUUGACCAUGACCACGACCACAAACACUUUGACCUUGACGACUACAUUAUUAUGGCUAUUAAGGAACACAUCAAGCAGCAUCAGGCCCAGCAAGCUACUGCCCAGGCUCAACGUGCUCAAUCCGCUCAAGCUGCUCAGGCUUCCAAACUUAACGCUAGAGAUGAGACUUCAAGUUCUGAUUCUGAAUCUACAGAUUCUGACAGUGCUGCGACCUUUGAUCACGAUCAUAAGCACUUUGAUCUUGACGACUACAUUAUUAUGGUUAUCAAAGAUUCAAUUAAACAACAUCAGGCCCAGCAAGCGGCUGCUCAAGCCCAACGUAUUCAAACCUCUCAAGCUACCCAGGCUUCCAAACUUAACGCUAGGGAUGAGACUUCAAGUUCUGAUUCUGAAUCUGCUGAAGUUGACAGUGCAGCUACAUUUGAUCACGAUCACAAGCACUUUGAUCUUGAUGAUUAUAUUAUUUUGAUGAUUAAGGAAUCCAUUAAGCAGCAUCAAGCUCAACACCAAGCUCAAGUUGCUGCUCAGCAGGCUCAAAAGGCUUCCCAACAAGCUCAGGCAGUUAACCUUAAGCUUCUUUUAUAA